CGCGGACUCGGUCGGCGCAACGACCCUCACACCGGCCCGGCCUGCCGAGAAAGUUGAACCACCCUUUUGGGGCUUCUUUUGGGCAGGACACCUGCAACCGCACCUAUUGCAGCUCAGUGCCGUCGCUUUGAAAUGCGUUAACCAAGCGCUCCCCUCCGCCUGCCCAGCGCUCGCCGCAGUCAUUUUCCACGUACUUCUAGGUACGCGCAGAACUUCGCGGGGGCUACCCGUUGUCCUGCGGGACCACGAGACACAUCCUUUCUUUACAUGUUCGCUUUCGGAGGAGGGACCCCUUCCAGAAGUGAAACGCCACGAAGGCACGCAUUCCGGUUCCUUGUCACGCUCCGCUGUUUCGCCUCUCCCUUUUUCCCUUUCCACUUUCGUUUACUGUUUUCUUCUUUUUUUCCUUCACUUUUUUUCUUGUUAGCAGACGUCCGACGACGCCCUCUGUGAGUUGCCCGGCCGGCACAGCCGAUGGGCCGAUGUUUGAAGCACCGGCGUGUUUUGGAAAUAACCCGGCGACGGAUGCACGCAUUCUGCCGUCGCCGGUUCUUCGCCUCCGAAAAGAUUCUGGGAUCGACGACGACGUGCUGCGCUCAACGACAAGGCAAGGACGUUCCGGUGGUUGGCUCUGGUAAAUUGUUUUUCCGACCGGAAGAGAUGCGCAGGAUGAACAGCGGGAGACAUUUCACUCCUGUUAUGAUGCGUUUCCGCGCUGAAGAGUGAAAAUAUACAUCCGAGCCAAGUAUGACUUCGCCGAAGGAACUACGGUGAUCGUUUAGUUCCCUUGUGCUCGAAGAUAUACCUGCCGGAGAAUUUUUCAACCAUUCGUUUUCCGACGCACAGUAUUCGUCACCUGACAGCCGACGUUAUCACACCCGUGGCGCACGUGCAAGUUCUUCUUCGAAACCGGUACAACGGUGCUUAAGGUUUCUGGUGGUCGACGUUGCUGGACGAACGUCGGUGCAGUUCACACUUGACCCGCUUCCUGGUGUUGAAUUCCAGCUGAUCUAAGCGAGGAAAACAAAGUGCAACACGUGCCUGCUUUUAGACAUCAACACCCUCGUGAUCGGACGGCAUAUCUAUUUGUUUCCCUCCCUAUAGUGAUAACUUCCGCGCUCACUGACGCUUCCACGCUGUGCGUUGUCUUGCGAACAGAAGGCCACCGAUCGAGAUAGCCAGAAGCAGAUUCUUUAGCGCUUUGCUCGUUGGUCCCUUCGUUCGCGAGUUCGUCCGGCAGUGCUUCGGUUGGACGAAAAACGUGCGUGGCGCCUCAGCGUAAGAUAGUUCGAUUCUAUGAGGAACAGACGGCAUCAAGCAGACGACCGAAGAACCGAACGAGCGUGCGGUACGGAAGGUUGCGUUACAGGAUCCAAUGGAGGUCUGGCCGCCUGCUCUGUGGAAUGCGGAAUCGCUACGACCCUGUGCGACGCCGCUGACAGUGCAACGAAGAUGAGGUGAUAAGAGCGCCUUGAACUUCCUGACGUCACCCCACGACCUAAUCGGCGCCGCAAUGGCUUCCGGAUCUACGCUAGUGGUGCACUCUGACGGUUCUCAAUUGUGGAUUGUUCGCGUUCUCACGGGGAUAUCAGCGGUAGCGUUGGUGUUAUUGGUCGCUCUCGAUACAGCUAUCUGCGCACCGCAUCGACAGCGUCUCAAAGUGAGCCCGGACCUGAUUACGAAGUCGUGGGACCCUUUCCCCGUGAUGGGCUUUUUCGUGGACAUGUGCCAGAGCGAGCUCAACCGCACGGGCCGGUGCAUGUCGCUGCCCGACUGCCGCUUUUCGAGGGGCACCAGGGAGGGAGACUGCGCGGACGGAUUCGGGGUCUGCUGCAUCUACGAAGCGCGGAACAACGUGGAGACGACGCUGUCCAACAACUCGUACUUCGUCCAGCCCCGGUUCCCGCAACCUUUCGGGGGCGGCGAGAACGUUUCGCUGACGGUGCUGCUGCCGGCCUCCACCUGCCAGCUGCGCCUGGAACUCGAGGAGUUCCACCUUCUGCCGCCGGUUGCCGGACGCUGCCUCAACGACUCCCUGCGGGUCUUCGUCAACGGCAGCGACUCGUACGUGCCGGAGCUGUGCGGACACAACGCCGGACAACACGUGGUGAUGCACUUUCCGGAGAACGACGAGCACAGCCUCCUGUCCUUGAACGUGGCCACCCCAAAAGCCGGCUUUGAGAGGCGGUGGUCAGUCCGCAUCAUUCUGUACAGCUGCGGCAGCAAGAAGUUGGCUCAACCCGGUUGCCUGCAGCACCACGGCGGCUGCAGGGGCUCCUUCCGGAGCUUCGCGUUCACCGAGGAGGCACUGCACUUUGUGCGCGCCCUCAACUACGCCGUGUGCAUCGCGCGCCCCAGUUGGCUGCAGGCCAUAUCGCUUAAGAUACGCACCGUGUCUCGGUACUCAGCGACCGCGGCGACUCGCCGUGGCGGCAACGGUAACGACAACAACGGCGGCGGUGCUGCUCAGCAGUGCCGGAGCAACUUCAUCCAGCUGCCGCCGGGAUACGACAGCCGGCGCGGUCUGGCCGCGCCCGUCAGGAUCUGUGGCGGGAACCAAACGGUCGUGCUACACAUGUCCGUCCAAGGCCCCCUCGUAUUCUACAUCGUCAGCAACGACAACUCCGACCAACGGACACAGUUCCGGGUGGACUACAGCCUGUACCCUUGCUCCGACAGCACGACAUGAACGAUUCUCUCAAGCCCUGCUCAGUCUUAUCACGUCGUGGAAUCAACACAUACCACCCACUCGCAGAUAAAUCUGUGAUAUAUCUGCGUCGAACACCGAUACAACGGAGGUGGAAGCACAGACAAAACUUAGGCGAUAGGGAGGUGCGGUGGAAAGUGCAACCCUAUAGCCCACCUCUAGCAGCGCUGCUGGUGCUCGAAAAAGCCAUGCGACGCCUAAUAGGGUUCGCGGGACGAUGACGUGCUUCAUUUGCUGCAACUGCCGUCAUCUGUUACGGCAUCUCUCGGACAUUGUGACAAAUUGCGUGUGACAGAUUUGUUGACAGUGUGAAAGUGAUUAGCUUUCUUCUCAACAUCCAGCAGCAAAUGCAAAUUCUCCGAGUACGAAUAUGUCAUGUUGCUGCCAGCUUCACGAUCUAGCUAACGGUGAAAUUGACUCGAAAAAAACGACUACACAUUGUGUAUAUGUUAGCGCGAGGGACUACUUUCGCUUGUAGCCUUCGUUGGCAGUGAAGCAUACGACCGAACGCGUGGAAACGUACGAAGCCAUUUGUCACCUGACGCAAGUGUUCUUUAUGGCCUUGCGCCUUUCAGAUUACGCGGAAUCACACUGGCAAGCUGAUGAGCUAUUACUGCUAUUACUUAAUGCCCUUAUUUCCCAACACUGUUUCAUCGAGGAGGGUCGAGAGAACGCUAGAUGCCCAGUGAAACUAUGGCGAAAAACGGUAUUGGGGGUUACUUAAGGGGCUGUUUUCAUGGGGAGCCUCAUUUUAGGGGCGAACGUCGCAUGGAGAUGCAUAAUAAAAUGUCAGUUUUGCUCAACAAUGUUUAUUGCCGAGCAAAAUUUAA